CUGAUUCAUGGCUGGCCGGCAUUGAUUGGCAGGAUAUCGCGCGCUUUACUGCGUACGCUGUCCGCUCCAAAGAUUGCUCCUCUUCCCUUUCCUGAACGCGCCCGCAUUUACACGCCGCAUCCACAAAAUUCUGCAUAAAAGACGCAGCAGAGCAGAGAUCCGUCAUCAUCUCUCAUUCUCCCCGUCUCCAUUUCCGGUGAAGACACGAUGCGGGGUCAGAGCCAGGCCGGCACGGCGCUCCUGCUCCUCCUCGCCGUCGUCGUCGCCGCCCUCCCCGCGCCGUCGCUCGGCUGGGGCGUCGACGGGCACCUCAUCAUCUGCCAGAUCGCGCAGGGCCGGCUGAGCGACGCGGCGGCGAAGGCGGUGAACGAGCUGCUGCCGUCGGGCGCCGGCGGCAACCUGAGCAGCUUCUGCUCCUGGGCCGACAGGGUCAGGUUCAGGUACCACUGGUCGGCGCCGCUCCACUUCAUCGACGUCCCCGACAACGUCUGCAGCUACUCCUACGACAGGGACUGCAAGGACGAGGAGGGCGUCAAGGGCCGCUGCGUCGCCGGCGCCAUCAACAACUACACCUCCCAGCUCCUCACCUACGGAUCAUCAUCGCUGUCGCCGUCUUCUAAAUCUUCCGGCCAAUAUAACCUGACGGAAGCGCUCUUGUUCCUCUCGCACUUCAUGGGAGACAUCCACCAGCCACUGCAUUGUGGUUUUGCUUCUGACAGAGGCGGGAACACCAUUGAUGUCCACUGGUACAGGAGGAAGACCGUCCUCCACCAUGUUUGGGAUGUGAACAUCAUCCAGACGGCCGAGAAGGACUACUACGACGAAGGCGCGGGCGAAUUCAUCGACGCGCUGAACAAGAACAUAACGGGGGCGUGGUCAGACAAAGUGCAGGAAUGGGAGGAGUGCGCCAAGAACCAGACGGCGUGCCCUGACAAAUAUGGGUCGGAGAGCAUCACCGCAGCGUGCAACUCGGCGUACAAGGGCGUGACAGAAGAUUCAACGCUGAGUGAUGAGUAUUUCGGGAGCAGGCUGCCGGUUGUGAACUUGAGGUUGGCGCAAGGUGGCGUCCGAUUGGCGGCUACGCUCAACAGGAUAUUUGGUCAAUCCAAGGCUUAGUGAUUAUUAUGUCGCCUUUUAUAGACUUCAAGUGUGUUUUUUAACUUGGCACAGAUGGUGCUGGUCGAGUUGGUGCUGUUCAUUUUUCUACUGAAAUGUUGAAAUAAAGUGGAUAUAGUUCUUGGGCCAACUGGAAA